GACAGUCCCUCCUCUCCCGAUCCGGCGGGAGGGACGGGGGAGGGGCGGGAUUUCCUGCGGGAGGCGCCGAGCCGGCCUUGGGAAAGGAGAAGGAGAGAGGGGGUGGGGGGCCGUGAGAGUCUCAGUCCUGAGUGCCAGGGACCGAGCACGGCCAGCCGGACCCCCGGCGGGGCGGCCGAGAGAGACCAUUGAGACCUGUCUACCAUGGCUGCCUGAGGCCCAAAGGAAUGCUGGCUGCUCUCUGGGUGGGCAUUCGUGCUCCCCAGCCAAGCUGGGAAGAUUGGCGUGCCCAGUCCCAGCCUAUCCUGGAGCUGUCAGAAGCUGCAAGCUGAUCUGCCCAGAUUUCCACGAAGCCUCCGCCCACUGAGAGACUGGCUUUCCUGCUUGUGGUAGCUGCUCAGGGAGCAUCUUGAGGAAUAUCCAUGAGCACCUGACAAGGACCCCAUUGCCUGGGACACCAGACGUGCUCUCCUAGCACCAGGAGCUGAGGCAUGGCACCCUGACGCCUCAGCUUGGACCAGUUUGCCUGUGUCUGCCCUGGACUCAACCCAGAGCCUGGCCCAGAGGCCAGGAUGGGUCGUGAACAGGACCUGAUACUCGCUGUCAAGAAUGGAGAUGUAACUGGUGUGCAAAAACUGGUGGCUAAGGUCAAGGCUGCAAAAACAAAGCUCCUGGGCUCCACAAAGAGGCUCAACGUCAAUUACCAGGACUCCGAUGGAUUCUCUGCUCUCCAUCAUGCUGCCUUGGGGGGAAGCCUAGAACUCAUAGCUUUGCUGCUAGAGGCUCAGGCCACCGUUGACAUCAAGGACAGCAAUGGCAUGCGCCCACUGCACUACGCAGCCUGGCAGGGCCGGCUGGAGCCUGUGCGAUUAUUGCUGCGGGCCUCUGCAGCUGUCAAUGCAGCGUCGAUGGAUGGGCAGAUUCCUCUGCACCUGGCUGCACAGUAUGGACACUAUGAGGUGUCAGAAAUGCUCCUCCAGCAUCAGUCCAACCCAUGCCUGGUUAACAAGGCCAAGAAGACGCCUCUGGACCUGGCCUGUGAAUUUGGGCGGCUCAAGGUGGCCCAGCUGCUACUGAAUAGCCACUUAUGUGUGGCACUGCUGGAGGGUGAGGCCAAGGACCCUUGUGACCCUAACUACACCACACCCCUGCACUUGGCUGCCAAGAAUGGCCACAGAGAAGUCAUCAGGCAGCUCUUGAGAGCUGGGAUUGAGAUCAACCGCCAGACCAAGACAGGCACGGCUCUCCAUGAGGCCGCACUGUAUGGCAAGACUGAGGUGGUGCGGCUGCUCCUGGAGGGAGGUGUGGAUGUGAACAUCCGGAACACAUACAACCAGACAGCACUGGACAUCGUCAAUCAGUUCACCACCUCCCAGGCCAGCCGGGAAAUCAAGCAGCUACUACGGGAGGCCUCAGGGAUCCUGAAGGUGCGAGCGCUCAAGGAUUUCUGGAACCUCCAUGAUCCCACUGCUCUCAAUGUCCGGGCAGGGGAUGUCAUCACGGUGCUUGAGCAACAUCCUGAUGGCCGCUGGAAGGGCCACAUCCAUGAGAGCCAAAGGGGCACGGACCGUGUGGGCUACUUUCCCCCAGGCAUCGUUGAGGUGGUCAGCAAGCGAGUGGGCAUCCCCAUGCCCCGCCUCCCCGCUGUGCCCACCCCACUGCGUCCAGGCUUCUCCCGGACACUGCAGCCUCCUGCCGAAGACCCCCUGCACCCUCUUACCUAUGGCCAGCUCCCUCGGAUGGGCCUCAGCCCAGACAGCCCAGCAGGUGACAGGAAUAGCGUGGGCAGCGAGGGCAGUGUGGGCAGCAUCCGUAGCGCCGGCAGCGGGCAGAGCUCUGAGGGCACCAACGGCCACAGCACUGGCCUCCUGAUUGAGAAUGCCCAGCCACUGCCCUCAGCUGGAGAAGACCAGGCACUCUCAGGACUGCAGCCGCCAUCCCUGGCAGAUAACCUGAGCCACUGCCCUCUGGCCAACUACCGCUCUGGGGAGCAGAUCUUCACCCAGGAUGUGAGACCGGAACAGCUGCUGGAGGGAAAGGAUGCUCAGGCCAUUCAUAACUGGCUGAGCGAGUUCCAGCUGGAGGGCUAUACUACCCACUUUCUGCAGGCUGGCUAUGAUGUGCCAACCAUCAGUCGCAUGACACCAGAGGACCUGACAGCCAUUGGGGUGACCAAGCCUGGGCACAGAAAGAAGAUUGCCUCGGAGAUCGCUCAGCUCAGCAUCGCCGAGUGGCUGCCCAGCUACAUCCCAGCGGACUUGCUGGAGUGGUUGUGUGCGCUGGGGCUGCCGCAGUAUCACAAACAGCUGGUGAGCAGCGGCUAUGACUCCAUGGAGCUAGUAGCCGACCUCACCUGGGAGGAGCUGCAGGAGAUUGGUGUCAACAAACUCGGGCAUCAGAAGAAGCUCAUGCUGGGGGUCAAGCGGCUGGCAGAGCUUCGGCGUGGCUUGCUACAGGGGGAGGCCCUAGGCGAAGGCGGGAGCCGGCUGGCCAGGGGUCCAGAGCUGAUGGCCAUUGAGGGGCUGGAGAAUGGGGAGGCUCCAGCUGCGGCUGGCCCACGACUCCUCACUUUUCAGGGCAGUGAGCUGAGCCCAGAGCUGCAAGCAGCCAUGGCAGGCGGUGGCCCUGAGCCACUCUCGCUGCCCCCUGCCCGCUCCCCCAGCCAGGAAAGCAUUGGGGCACGCUCACGGGGGUCUGGUCACUCACAGGAACAGCCUGCUCCCCAGCCCAGUGGUGGAGACCCCAGCACCCCACAAGAGAGAAACCUUCCAGAGGGCACAGAACGGCCCCCCAAGCUUUGUUCCCCACUUCCAGGCCAAGGACCCACCCCUUAUGUUUUUAUGUACCCCCAGGGCUCACCCUCCAGCCUGGCCCCAGGGCCACCUCCUGGUGCACCCCGGGCCUUCUCCUACUUGGCUGGCCCCCCUGUCACCCCUCCGGACCCGCCUCGGCCCAAACGCCGGUCCCACAGCCUGAGCCGAUCAGGUCCCACUGAAGGGGAAGCUGAGGGAGAGGCUGAAGGGCCAGUUUGCAGCACCUUGGGCAAUUACGCUACCCUUACCCGGAGACCAGGACGCAGUGCCCUACCCCGGACCAGUCCCAGCCCAACCCCAACUCGAGGGGCUCCCCGCAGCCAGUCCUUUGCCCUUCGGGCCCGACGCAAAGGCCCCCCACCCCCACCCCCUAAGCGCCUCAGCUCUGUCUCUGGACCCACCCCAGAGCCAUCUCCACUUGAUGGGAGCCCAGGACCCAAGGAGGGGGCCACAGGGCCCCGGAGGCGAACACUGAGUGAACCAACUGGCCCCUCCCAGUCCCCUGCCCCACCUGCCCCCGCUGGCCCUGUGUCAGACACAGAGGAAGAUGAGGAGCCAUGCCCUGAGGGGACGCCCCCAUCUCGGGGAAGCUCAGGGGAAGGGCUGCCGUUUGCAGAGGAGGGGAACCUGACCAUCAAACAGCGGCCAAAACCAGCUGGGCCCCCACCCCGGGAGUCAUCCAUGCCCCCUGGCCUUCAUUUCAACCUCACAGAGUCAGACACUGUCAAGCGCAGGCCCAAGUGCCGGGAGAGAGAGCCACUGCAGACGGCACUGCUGGCCUUUGGAGUGGCUAGUGCCACACCUGGCCUCUCUGCCUCCUUGGCCUCCCAGACUCCCAGUGAGUCCUCUUCUGCUUCUCCCAGCCCUCCCCAGAAUAAGCCCAGCAGCCUUGCCCCUCAAGGAGUUGUGGGCCCCCAUCCUCCCAGCCCCACAGUGCAACCCCCUGUGCCCCUGGCAGCCCCUUGCCCUGGGCCAGGUCUGGAAAACUCAGCAGGAAAUCAUCAGAAUGGGGAGAUGGAGCCCCCAGCUGCUCCUGCUGCCCUCAUCAAGGUGCCUGGCACAGGAACAGCCCCCAAGCCUGUGUCUGUGGCCUGCACCCAGCUGGCAUUUUCUGGCCCUAAAUUGGCUCCCCGGCUUGGCCCCCGCCCAGUGCCUCCUCCAAGACCUGAGAGCACUGGGGCUGUGGGCCCAGGCCGGGCCCAGCAGAGACUGGAGCAGACGAGCUCAUCCCUGGCAGCUGCACUGAGAGCCGCAGAGAAGAGCAUCAGCGCUGAGGAGCGAGAUGGCACUCCCAGCACCUGCACCAAGCACAUCCUGGAUGACAUCAGCACCAUGUUCGAUGCCCUGGCCGACCAGCUGGACGCCAUGCUGGACUAAGCUGGACGUACCUGCAGCCCUUUGGCAGUACCCACUGCCCUUGCUCUAGAACAGAAGCAGCCCCUGCCACCUAGGGACAGGCAGGCAGCUGGUCAGGCUGGAGCGCCCCUCCCUAGCAGUGCCCCUUCCUGUUGCUCCAAGACAGUGGCUGUCAGCACAACUUUUGUGGGGCAGCCCCUGUACCAGGGGCUGAGGGGACUCUGCUGCACCUCAGCAAAGCCCCCCCCUCCCAGUGUGAGAUCUGACCUACAGUCCUGCCUCCUAGAUAGGGACCCUGGUAAGGGCUUUUUCCUCAGGGAGGAGGAAGGGCUGACAGGGCUUCUGGGGUGGUUUCCCUGUGCUCCAACCUGUGUAUCAAGUUCCUGUGCCAAGGGAAUGCCUCUCACUACCCACUGUGCUGUCCUGGGCUAAGAGGCCAGAGGAGGCAAUGUCCGACUGGGCCUGCUCUCUGCAGGUGUACAUAGGACCUAUAAAUAGGUGCCAGGGGCAUGCGCUCUGCAUGUACCUAGACCAGCUCCUGCUCCUGCCUUCCCUUGCUGUAAGGCAGAGGCAGCAGUGGGAUUAACAGAUCCCAAAAGUCCAAACUUUUUCAAUUGUAAAUGUUAUUUUCUAAGCAGAGAGAAAUGCAUAUAUUUUAAAUGGAAUUUAUUCUAUCUAUUAACUGCCUGAAAGGGCACAGUGGGGGAGGGGCUUCAGACCACAGCAGGAGUGCCCACUGCCCACCUCAGGGCUAGAAGCCUGACCUGGUUGGCACAGGCACCAGCUCUGUAACCAUUAACCUCUUCCUCCAACUAACACCAAUGAAAGUGUCAUUCCGCAUGA